AAUAUAUAGAAAAAAAUACAAAUUUGAAGAAUCUUCAUAAAAUAUCACCUAAAAAUGUCUAGCGAUUCUAACCGGGAGGAAAACCAACAAAGCGACGACACCGCUAAAAAUGAUAAAAAGCCGCUGACAUUUAAAGACUGGAAAAUGUUAAAGGAAAGUCAGAAUAAACCCAAUGAAAAAUCGCAAAAUUCUGUAACUAAAACUAAAAACAGUAAAAAAAGUAAUGGUAAUGCUAGGAUAGAUAAUAUAAAUAAUUAUAAAAAUAAUGGCUUUAAUGGACCUAGAGGCUUCAAUUGCCAGGAAGUGCCGAACUUUUUCGCCGGUAACUAUGACAUGCCAGGAAUGAAUAAUUUUAAUAAUAACAAUGGUAUGCAGAAUUUUAACAAUAACUUUGGCAUGCGAUCAAAUAAUAAUAAUUUUGGCCCAUCAAAUAAUGUUUUUAAUAAACCAAACGACUUUGGUUUUAAUAACUUUAAUGUUGGCAAUAACUACAACAAUAGAUCGAACAAUUUUGGUGGUAAUAACUUCAACAACGGAUUUAACAACUUCAAUGGACCUAAUAAUUUCGGAAAUGGUCGCAAUAGGUUUAAUGGUCCUAGUAAUGGUAAUAAUCUGGACUUGCCUGGCAAUUUUUUCGCUUCCGAUGGCAUUUACCGUCAAAAGGAUUUGAUGCAAAAACCUUUGCCUGAUAUCAACCCAUUUAGAAAUGAUUGGAAAGCGGAACAAUUGUUACAGGAAUUUGACAAAUCUCGUUACACCAAAGAUUAUAAAAAUAAAAAGGGAAACAAAAAUAAAGCUGAAUCUAAAAAAUCCACCUCAACAUCUAACAACAACAAUCAAAGGGGUCAGGGUAAUAAAUUACAUAAUAAUGAGCCUAAAAUAUAUAUUCCCAAUCCCAAAGCCAAGAUAGAUGGCAAACCGUACAUACCUAUACCAAAAUUACCCGAGGAAAACCUCAACAUAUCCAAGGAUGAGAAAAAACAACAAUGGAAAGAAUAUCGGGAUGCUAUGAAGCCUUUUAAAAAUCGAGAAUUUUACAAUGCCAAGCGUGUUGUACAACGCUUAGGGAAACUCGAUCCCAGCGAACUGGAAGAAAAACAAAUUAUCAGAUUGGCAAAUGCCCGAGAAAUAAUGGCGAACCAUAAAGCUCGUUUAACCGAGAAAUAUCCAAAAUAUGUAAAAGCGGAUGAUGAUUCCAAUGAGCUAGGUGAAUUGUUUCUACUAAAUAGAAGAUAUGGUAAGCCGGUGACCAAGCCUCUGCAAAAUGAUGGUAAUUUUGGUGAAAGUGAUGAUGAUUUUGAAUCGGGUAGAAAAAUUGUAGGCGGUUAUAUGGGAUUUGUGCCGGGUGGCAUGCUGCAGCAUCAAGACCAACGAUUAUCCACGUAUUAAAUUUAAUAAAGAUUAAUGGUAUUAUGUAAACAAAAAUAAUGAAAAAUAAGUACCAAUAAAAUGUUUAAUAAUUUAAGAACAAAA